AUGGGGCUGGUCCAAAGCCUCAGCUGCUCUUCACCGCCUCGGCUCUCCUCUCGGCAAUGGGCACUGCUGCUUCUGCUGCAAGCCGCAGGCUACUUCGGCCAGUUCGACCGCACCAUCUUUGGCAUGGCAGUGCCGCAGAUACAGCGCGACUUUGGCCUCUCUGACGCGGAGAUGAGCUAUGCCGCGUCCUUUGUGGGGCUGUCCGCCAUUCUGGCCUGCGCCACUUCGUGCCUCUCGGACCGCUUUGGCCGUGCCCGGGUGCUCAUGUGGACGCUGGUGCCCUACACGCUGGCCACGGCCUUCACCGCGCUGUCCAAGGGGGUCCAGUCCUUCGCCCUGUGCCAGCUGGCGGCCCAGGCCUUUAUCACCGCGGAAGGCAUCAUCUCGCAUGUCAUGGUGCUCGAGGAGAUGCCCGCGGAUUGCCGGGGCUGGGCGGUGGGGGUCUUGAACAUCGGCUCCGCCUGCGGGGCAGGCCUGGCGUUGCUGCUCUUCGGCCUUUCGGGCGGCGCCUGGCGCCUCAUGUAUGCGCUGUCCAUUCUCCCCUUGUGCGGGGUCGGCAUCUUGAGGAGGAACCUGCAGGAAACCAGGCGCUGGGCCUCGCUGCAAGAGCCUAAAGGCGUGCAGCUUCCUGUGAGCGCCGCGAACGAGGCAGCGAGCGAGGCCGAGAACGAGGACACUCCUUUGGGCAUCUUGCCCUCCAAGCACCGGCCGGGGCAGGUGAAGCAACAGCACGUGGCCAUGGUGGUGGCGGCCUUUCUGGGCAGCUUCUUCCCCAGCGCCGCCAACUUCCACACCUCCAAGCACAUCCAGACGGUGCACGGCUUCGGCGCGUCAGGCUUCGCCAAGUUGUCGCUGGUGGGUGGCAUGCUGAGCCUGUCGGCCUUUGCCAUUGCGGGAGUGGUGGGGGACAAAUACGGCCGCAAGCGCUUCGGGGUGCUUGGCAUCGUGCUGAAGACGCUGGUGGAUGUGGCGUUCUACAGCACUGCUGCCGGGGAUUCCGUGGCCUGGGUGGUUGCUCUCUUUUGCCUGCGCACCGCCCUGAGCAUGGCUCUGGAUACCACCUUCCAGGCGCUGUCUGGAGAGGUCUUCCCAACUGCGAGCAGGAGCUCUGCUCAGGGGCUGCUGGUCCUGGCUGCGGGCCUGGGCGGCCCUCUGGGCCUGCUUCUCUCUACGCAGUGGGCGAAGUCCAUGGGGGGACCGGCGGCGGCCAGGCUGCUGGCUUGGGGUCAGCUGGGAGUUGCGGCCAUCAUCGGCUGCUUCCUCCCGGAGACCAAGGGCCGGGAGCUGGAGGACAUCAACGGCUAG